CUUUCUGACCUUCUCUCCCGGCUCUCUGUUCCACCUUUUCCCUGCUGCCUUGCCCCUGUCCUUUUCUUCCCCUUUCUUUGAACUCUCUCUCUCUCCCUCAGCCUUACUACCUCCAUUUAUACUGCUCCUUCCCCCUCUCCCAUCCUCCUUCUGCAUUUUCCCAUCUCUUGUCUCCUCUUUCUCUCCCCUGCCCCCUCUCACUCCUCUUCCCACCAGCCUCCCUCCCUCCUUCUCUCACCGACUCUCUGCCUGAUCCUUUCUGUUUCCUCACGCCCUCUCCUUUCUCCCUUCAGCUCUCCUUCCUUCUACCCCUUUUACUGCCAUCCUUUCUCCUCCCUUCCAUCUGCCUCCCUCUCCCUUUCUCACCCAUAGAAUCCCUUCUAGCCCCUCCACCCUCAUCUCGCUCCUUCCUGUCCCUUCCCUCACUAUCUCCUCUCCCUCACCCACUCCAUCCCCUGCUCCCUAUCCUCCCCACCCCCUUCCCUCCCCUCUUCCCCACCCCAUCCCCUUCAUCCCACACUUUCCCAUUCACCCUUACCUCCCUAACCCUAUCCCUCCUGCUCUUCCUUUCCUCUCCAUCCUGUUCCUCCCCACCCACUCCUUUCUCCCUCAACUCUCCUUCCUCCCCUUUACUGCUAACUCCCUCCCACACCCUCAAGCCUUCCCCCCUCCUUUCCCUCCACCUCCCUCGUACUUCCUUCACCCUCCAUCCUCCCUAUCAACCUUCAUAAUCCGUACUAUAUCCUCCUCCAUUUCGCCCUCCCUCCUCUCCUAUUUCCCCCAUAUCCCUCUCCAUUCCCCGUCCCUGAUCCCCCCCUCUUCCCUUACUCCUUCCUACCCCUCUCCCUCCCCAUAUCUUCCCUCUCUCCACACUCCUUCUGCACCCAUUCCCUUCUUCGUCUCCCUUUUCCUCCGUCCCGCAGACACAGACCGCUGAGGCCUCCGCCUCUCCGUUCGCUCUUCCUGCUGCUGAGCUGUUUGACCCGCCCACCUCCCUCACCUCCGGCCCCUCUAGCGAGCCCGUCGCCCCGCCGGCAGCCGCUGCAAGGGCGGUGGGAGCGGCGCCGGCAGCCCCGGGCUCCGAUAUCCGUGGUAGGGGCGUGGGGAUCACUAACCACACUCGAGCGCCUGGUGCACAAGGAUGGACCUGCGGAUUGAUCAGUUGUAUGGGAAUGGGGGUGAGCAGUCCCCCCACCGUUCGGAGACAGUUAUCACCCCCCACCCCCUCUGCAUGCCGCUCCCAAAACAACAGAUACAGGGCCCGGACAUGAGAUGUGACCAACAGGGGGGCUCAUCCCAUGGGAAGCUCCGACUGUUACGGAACAAGGACCAAGGGAAGCAAAGUACGGGGGCAAGCACUGCGGUGAAACAGAGGCUCCAGGAGUUCGUGUUGAAGAAGCAGGAGGCAGCACUGAAGAACACAGUCCUGCUGACAGCGACACAGAGCAGCGUCACAUACAGCCGUGAGAUUCGGCCGCCAGCCCAGGGAUUGCAUCAGGCACCCCCGCUCGGUCAGGGAACGUGGAGUGGAGACCCAGAGCAAGAGUUCCCACUGCGAAAGACAGCCUCGGAGCCCAACCUGAAGGUGCGGCUGAAGCUGAGGUCUCGGGGGUCCGAGCGAAGGAACAGCCCCCUCCUCUGUCGCAAGGACAGCGCUCCUGCAGGGCUCGGGGGCAGGAGCAGAGACGCCCUGGCAGAUACAUCUUACAGCGCCAGUAGACCAACCCUGAAAUCAAACUCUCCACAGGACACUGGUCACACCCCAGCACCAGAGAAGCCGGUUGGUCAGACUGAGGGGGCAAAGUUGCUGGGGUUCCCGAGUCCGGUCACCCCUGUCCCCUUCCACCCGUUCCACCUGCACCGUCUCCCCUUCCUGGAGUCGGCUCUCACCCACCGUGUUUUGCUGUCUGCAGUAGCGGGGCUGCCUCCCCCCUACGGGGUGAUGCCAAGCAUGGCGCCGUUGGUCCACGGCCAACCCCGGACUCACCGGCCGCUGGGACGGACACAGUCUGCCCCCCUGCCCCGGGACCCUAGGGCUGCUCAGCAGCAGCUGCACCAACAGAGGCAGCACCGGCAGUUCCUGCAGCGGCUGAGGGAGCACACUCAACUGAGCCAGCGCCUUCUUCUCCGUGAUCAGUCUCGAACUUUGGAUUCUAUUGGGAUGCAGGCGGAAAGCCUGGGCUUCAGAUGCCCAGUUGUGGGGCACAGACCACUUUCCAGAGCUCAAUCUUCACCCGCCUCAACCUCAAUACCUACCCCUACUCCUACCCCUGAAGCCGUGGCACAGUCUACUUGUAGCACAGGCCUGGUGUAUGAGCCCCUGAUGCUGAAACACCAGUGUCCAUGCGGUGGGGGGCAGCAUCCAGAACAUCCCGGCCGGAUCCAGAGCAUCUGGUCCCGACUCCAGGAGACUGGCCUGAGAAGCCAGUGUCAGGUGGUCCGAGGAAGGAAGGCCACUCUGGAGGAGCUGCAGACGGUCCACACAGAGACCCAUGUAUUCGCAUUUGGAACCAGCCCCCUCAGUCGGCUGAAGGAGGACCACAGGAAAUUUAUGGGAAUACGCUCACAGCCAACUCUAAUGAUGUUACCAUGUGGCGGUUUCGGAGUAGACAGGGACAGCGUGUGGAAUGAGGCACACUCAUCAAAUGCUGCCAGAAUGGCGGUGGGAUGUGUCAUCGAGCUGGCUCUCAGAGUGGCGAGGGGAGAUCUCCAGAACGGGUUUGCUGUUGUCCGACCUCCAGGACAUCACGCUGAACAGUCAGCCGCCAUGGGUUUCUGUUUCUUUAAUUCAGUAGCCAUUGCUGCCAAACAGCUCCAGCUGAAGAUGAACAUGCACAAGAUUCUCAUCGUAGACUGGGAUGUCCAUCAUGGAAAUGGAACUCAACAGGUCUUCUACACAGAUCCCAGUGUCCUCUACAUCUCCCUCCAUCGCCAUGAUGAUGGUAACUUCUUCCCAGGAAGUGGGGCAUCGGAUGAGGUUGGCAGUGGGCCCGGUGCGGGCUUUAAUGUGAACAUUGCUUGGACCAAGAGUCUGGACCCUCCCAUUGGUGAUGCCGAGUAUCUCGCUGCCUUCAGGACAGUGGUGAUGCCAAUUGCCAAGGAAUUUGAUCCAGAUAUGGUCCUGGUCUCCUCAGGAUUCGAUGCUGUUGAGGGACAUCCCCCUCAACUUGGAGGAUACAACGUGUCAGCCAAAUGUUUUGGUUACCUCACAAGGCAGCUGAUGUCCCUUGCUGGUGGAAAAAUCGUCAUGGCUUUGGAGGGUGGUCACAGUCUCACCGCCAUCUGUGAUGCAGCCGAGGCCUGUGUAUCUGCUUUGCUGGGCAAGGAGAUGGACCCCCUCCCCGAACAUCUCCUCCACCAGAAGCCCAACUGGAAUGGUGUGGCCUCCCUGGAGAGAGUGCUACAGGCUCAGGACAUGAACCCAUGGAGCACCAGACUCUGGCCUGACUUCGGGCUUCGCCAAGUGUGGUGGAGUGGGGCUGGGAUUUCAGGAGACAGAAAAGGGAUCUUACAGACAAUAUGCGGGAGGGGGGAGAAAUUUCUGAGGAAUCCAGUGGCCUUCUCCAUAUGUCCAUCUGAAAUCGUGUUCCUUCUCUCCUGUCCUGUCCAGUUCACACCAUUCUGCAUUCUCCCCAUCCCCUCCACCAGGGGAAAUCUUAUCACCAACUUCCUCAGAACCUGAUGUAUCUACCAAGAUUACUUCUCACUCCUGCAAGCCCCAUUGAGCUGGAUCUGAGAAAGUGGGAAUUCCUACAACACGGUCUUCAGGGGAAACCAAGAAAUCUGCAGGAUGGAGCACAGAUCUUCACUUGUGGAAAAGUCCACGUGACCAUCAGUGGACCACAGAACAGCUACCUUUGUUAGUCAGAACUGAUAUUUAUAGCUCUCUUUUUUACCUGCUCUUUGACAGUAUUAAAAUAUUUGGACAAUA